UUUAAUGCCUGUUACUACAAUAAAUCUUUCGGGCGCAUAUGAAAACAGCAAGUUAAUUCAAUACAACAGACUUAACAAUGCUUCGUUGGAAACGCAUUUUAUGUACCAAAUAUGGUUUCCAGUCAAUAAGUUGGAUAAUCUGGUACCCUACUACUCCGUGAUGUUAAUGUUUACGUGGAGCGGUUUUGUCUACAGUUGCAUCACCCAUAUGUUGUUUGUUACACUUCUGAUAUACUGUGGUGUACAAUUGGAGGUUCUGCAAGUGAAGAUGAGCAAAAUUACAUCCAGCAGUGAUAAUAGCGAAGAAAAUAGAAAGUUGUUGUGGAAGAAGUUGAUUGUUGAGCAUCAGUAUAUUAUUGAGUUUAUAGAAACUCUAAAUAAUAGAGCUAUGGGUAUUGUUCUAAUGGAGUUCAUUUUGAGUUCUUUGGAUGUAGCUUCUGUAGCCACGAAUGCCACAAAAUCGAAAGCAAAUGAAUCCUUUUGGUUAUUGUGCUUUUUUGCCUUGCUAUCCUAUCAAAUUUUUGCUCUGGCUUGGAACGCAAAUGAGAUAAAAGAGCAGAGCGUUGCCAUAGCCGAUCAUCUUUACAAUAGCGAAUGGUACAUGCUAGAGAAGAAAGAAUGUCAAGUGAUGCAGAUAAUUCUCAUAAGGGCUCAAAAACCCUUGGUUAUAACUAUAGGACCUUUUGGACCAAUGACCACGCAAUCAGCUUUGUUGAUGUUCAAAGCCGCCUAUUCUUACAUCAGUAUCAUGAGCUAAAUAUUAUGCAAUAUCUAAAUAAAGUUUCAACAAUUUUUUGUUGCUAGGACAAAACUUUGGCUUUAGACAGUUAAUAAUAAAUAUUUCCAA